AGUUAAGCGCGUGAACGUAGAUCUCUUCUUCACAAAGAAGGUGAAAGCAGGAGACAUUAACGACAGUUAGUCUGUCAGCGAAGAAGUCGUUUAGCACCUGUCAGCCACCAUGAAGAAGUCCGUUGUGUUCCUGUUUCUGGUUUGUUGCGCAUUUUCAGCACUGUCCCUGGCUGAAGAUAAAAACGAUAUCAAGCCUCCUGCAACUGUGUCCCCUCCAAAGCAGUUCACCUCAGCAGAUCCAAAAACCACCACCACCACAAAGCCUACCACCACUACAACCACCACAAAACCUACCACCACCACCACCACCACAAAACCUACCACCACCACAAAGCCUACCACCACUACAGCCACCACAAAGCCCACCACCACCACAACCGCCACCACAAAGCCUACCACCACCACCACGGCUACUACAACCACCAUGACGACAACAAGUUCAACCCCUGCUCCUCAACCUACUCCCCCAACCAACUUGACUAUAGGAAUUUACAACGCGACAGACAAGGAUGGGAUUUGUGUGAAAGCUCAAAUGGCAGUCCAGAUCCGAGUUGCGAGAGCAGAGCUCAACGGGACUUUUAUCGUCCAGCCAGGCGCCACCACUGGCAGUGGACAUUGUGGAGACAAGGAGGCCAACCUCACACUUUCCUUCAAAGAGGGUUUCAUUACGUUUUUGUUCAACAAGAGUGCUGCUGAUAACACCGCCUAUGUCUAUUACCUGUCCUUCAAAAUCAACUAUGCCUUCGUCAAAGGGCAGAUGAACACCUACGAAGCCACCAACAAAACAAUGCAUCUUUUCCCUGCAAAGGUUGGACACUGCUACUCCUGCAAGGAUGAUUCGGUCUUUAUGGGAAACGGACUGUACCUGGACAUCAGCAGUAACCGCAUGCAGGGUUUCGGCCUGCCCGAGAGCAAAGACUUUGGAACUCCUGACCAUUGUGCAGCUGACCAGCCAGACUACCGCGUGGCCAUUGGCGUAGGAAUCGCUCUGCUGGUGCUCAUCAUCAUUGUGGUAGUGGCCUAUCUGUUGACCCGCAAAAGAAGGACCGAUGGCUACCAGUCUUUGUGAGGUGUGGACAAUCAGAGCUGUGGGAGGUCAUCCAGAGGUGACCGCUAUAGUUGACCAGAAAGGCUGUGAUGCUAGAAAAAAAACUCCUGAGCUAACAGCUAAGAAACUUAAACUGUUCUUGGUUAAUUGACUGCGGUGAAGUUUAUCUUACUUUCCCCUAAAUUUGAAAUUGAAGUUUUAUCUAGCCUUUUACUUAAAAUGUAAGUUUUAAAUAAGAUAUUUGAGUUCAGUCUGUCAGUUCCUCUUGCUUAACGGGAAAUUUGAUCCUUUUUAUUAUGUCAGAUAACAUACCGUGUGAUGAAUCUGUUUGCAAAUGUUUGUCGUCUAUAAAAGGGGUCAUAAAAGUUGCGAUAACAAUCUAGCACAUGUACAGGAAGGGAAAAGAAACUAAAGGAAAGUACUUUUUUUUUUUUUUUUAAACCUCUAUCUCUAAAAUUAAUUUUUCCAUCUUAACAUUUAAACAGUAAAUUUCACAUCGGACACCUUUAAGGGUAAAACCCUUAGCCUACAUAGCAGGAGAGCUCCGAUUGGCUGACACAACCAAGGCUGUGGACUUUGACCUGAUAAGGCAGCACUGCACAACUGACAUGGCAAAGGCAUUGGGUGGGAGGGGGCUUUGGAGAGGGAGAGACAAAAUUAGACCUAAGAGGAAAAUGUAAAUCUAUAAUUUGAGAAAACAAGGUUUGAGUCAAUUACUUUUUUACAAGACAGAAUUAUAGUUGUUGAUGCCCAUUUUUAUUUUUUUUUCACCAUACUAGCUGCAUCAUCUUGUUUUUCCAACGACGACAAACCACUGACUCAGCAUUCUAAAUGAAAAACGUAUUAAUGAGAAAUCAAUGCAGACUUUCGUCCUGACAGCCUACAUGUCAAAAAUAUCUCAGUCAAAAUUGUUUUAAGGAUAUGCUUAUCUUUCGCCCCCUGGUGGCUAGUUAUGCAAUAAAUUAGCAUCACGGAUAAAUUAGUGUCAGUCGUGACUCUAUGGUAUAUUACAGCUGAGCUGCAGUGAAUAUAGUUUAACAACAAAUAAUAUGUCAGCCUUUUUUUUUUCUUUUUUUUUUCAUAAUUUGUCCGUAAAAUGAAGAAAAUCGAAUGUGUAAUGCUGCGUUCCCCCAAACUGGCAGGCAUUUUGUUUACUGGCGUAGAGUUGCGAAGAAAUCCCAAAAUAUUUGUCACUUGUUCAAUCAAAGUAGGGUGAUUAAUCAACCGUUCAUACACACCUUACAGUAGGGUUACGAAGUCAACACGAUGUGAUACGUCGUUUGUAAGUCAUCUGUUUUUGAAAUGAUAAAACAUUGGUCUACCUUUAUCUAGGGGUGUAAUAAGGGACCUUACAAGAACAUCUAGCUUUUUUUGGUUCUCUUACUGUCUUUGUUAUAAUGGGUGAAAAAGGGGGAAACUUAUGUUUGUUGUUAAGGGACAUACUUCUGCCUUGUCUACAAUAAUUGCACUGAUUGCUUUUCACGUUUGUUGCUUUUUGUUCUGCAAUACUUCAAAGUAUGUAGUUAUCGUGUGUUCGUGCGGUCAGUUGAAGUUAGUAGAUAGGAUAGCAAGGAUGGGUCUCGCUAAGUCGACUGUCCGCCCUUGAGCAUCUUGUGUUAGGAAAGAGGAUUUGACCUAGUCAUUGCCUACAAGGACGAGCUAAGAGAACAUUCCGGUGUUGUACAUUAAUGGCUAACCAGUGGGUAUAAGAAAAUCAUUGGGAUGGUCACUGGAAACAUUCUCAAGGUGCGGUCCAGUGACUUUGGGACUUGGAGGAGCAUUCACACCGUGUCUCCAUUGAGGGCUGCAAAUAAACACAGCUCCAGUUUUGGUCCA